GCUAAUAUUUACUUGUGAGUUUGGUUGUGGUGCGCUAAAUUGCGGAAUUCGUUUACGUUUUACGUUAAACACAUUUGGUUUAAAAGUUUGUGAAUUAAGAAAUCGGCAAAAAAAAACCAAUUAGACGCGCUCGUCCAAGUUUCUUAUUUGUUUUUUUUUUGUCAAAUUUUUCUUGUUGUGGGUAACUUUUCCAGCGAAGCUUUCGAUUAAGGAGGAAAUACCGUUAUUAUAAAGUCGACGAAGAAGAGGAAGAGCUAAGGACAACCUCGACCAUGGGCAAUAUACACACAACGGGUCCCAAUGAGGCGUUAAUCGUUUCAGGUGGCUGCUGCGGUUCUACCAAGAAGCGGACAAUUGUGGGCGGCUGGGCGUGGGCCUGGUGGCUGGUCACCGAUGUCCAGCGUCUGUCCCUGAACGUGAUGACCCUGAAUCCGAUGUGCGAGAAUGUGGAGACCGCCCAGGGUGUCCCCCUGACCGUUACGGGCGUGGCUCAGUGCAAGAUCAUGAAGUCAUCUUCGUAUAAAAGUAACGAUUAUCAUAAUGACGAGGCCGACGAACUUCUGGGAACUGCCAGCGAGCAAUUCCUGGGCAAGAGCGUCAAGGAGAUCAAGCAGACGAUCCUGCAGACCCUCGAAGGACACCUGCGCGCCAUAUUGGGAACGCUUACAGUCGAAGAGGUGUACAAGGACCGCGACCAGUUCGCAGCCUUGGUGCGCGAAGUGGCCGCGCCUGACGUGGGUCGCAUGGGCAUCGAGAUCCUCUCGUUCACCAUCAAGGACGUCUACGACGAUGUCCAGUACCUGGCCUCCCUGGGCAAGGCCCAGACGGCGGUGGUCAAGCGCGACGCCGACGCCGGCGUGGCGGAGGCCAAUCGCGAUGCCGGCAUCCGCGAGGCCGAGUGCGAGAAGAGCGCCAUGGACGUCAAGUACUCGACCGACACCAAAAUCGAGGACAAUACGCGCAUGUACAAGCUGCAGAAGGCCAACUUUGAUCAGGAGAUCAACACGGCCAAGGCCGAGUCCCAGCUGGCGUACGAGCUGCAGGCCGCCAAGAUCCGCCAGAGGAUCCGUAACGAGGAGAUCCAGAUCGAAGUGGUGGAGCGGCGCAAGCAGAUCGAAAUCGAGUCCCAGGAGGUCCAGCGCAAGGACCGCGAGCUGACUGGAACCGUGAAACUUCCCGCCGAGGCAGAGGCCUUCCGCCUCCAGACCCUGGCUCAGGCCAAGCAGUGCCAGACCAUUGAGAGUGCCCGUGCCGAGGCGGAGCGUAUCCGGAAGAUUGGAUCGGCAGAGGCCCAUGCCAUCGAGUUGGUGGGCAAGGCGGAGGCUGAGAGGAUGCGAAUGAAGGCCAAUGUCUAUAAGCAGUACGGCGACGCUGCCAUUAUGAACAUAGUCUUGGAAUCACUACCAAAGAUUGCCGCCGAAGUGGCUGCUCCGUUGGCCAAGACCGAGGAGAUCGUCCUGAUUGGAGGUAACGAUAACGUCACCAACGACGUGACCCGCUUGGUGGCCCAGCUGCCGCCCUCGAUCAACGCCCUGACCGGGGUGGACCUGUCCAAGGUCCUGUCGAAGAUACCCGGGGCCAAGGCGUGAAACCUAAUGGAGUGGGACAUCCAGCAAAUGGCAAUGACAACGUAACGCAUCGCGCAAUGGAAUUGUAAACGAUAGGACGGACUAGGACGCUUAAGAAAAAGGAUCAAAAAUCGGAUGGAGAUGGAGACUGGAAGGGUGAUGGAGUGGAUUAGAGUGUGGGGCAUUUGUAGAUUAGAACGAGAACUCGGGAAAUCGAAACUGAAAAC